GCUGUUUGGGCAGAACCCGGCUGCAGCUGCGGCACUCGGGGAUCGCAGCCCGUCCUGGAUGCCCCAGCCCUUCCCUCGGCCAGGCAGAGCGAGGCACUGACCCAGCAGGAAAAAAAAGCAGUUUCAAGGCCCUGAGGGAGGAUGUGGGCUUACACCGUGGGCUUCACCGUCCUGCCCCACGUUGGAGGAUUCCUUGGCUGGUUCCUGAACAGGAAGGAAAUCCCAGCGUGGUACGAGAAGCUGAAAAAGCCUUCGUGGUGCCCGUCCCGCAGAGUGUUCCCUGUGGCCUGGACCGUGCUGUACACGGGCAUGGGCUACGCCUCCUACCUGGUGUGGAACGACCUGGGUGGCUGCAGCAGCAAGGCCAUCGUCCCCCUGGGGCUCUACGGGGCUCAGCUGGCGCUCAACUGGGCAUGGCCGCCUUUGUUCUUCGGCGCCCACAACCUGAACAUGUGGCCACAGCUCGCUCCCAGUGUCCUGGGGAAGAUGGCAGAGAAGCAGGAGGAGCCCAGCAAUGCCCAGAACGGGGAACCCGACAACGCCGAGGAGGGCGAGGGGAAGAAGAAGAAGGUGAAGAGGGAGGACCUGCCACCCUUUGAGAUUGUCACAGGGGAACGCCUCCCGGCCAUCUUCUUCAAAUUCCAGUUCAGGAACGUGGAGUACAGCUCGGGCAGGAACAAAACCUUCCUGUGCUACGUGGUGGAGACGCAGGGCAAGGAGCCGAGCCGGGGGUACCUGGAGGACGAGCACGCGGCCGCCCACGCCGAGAUGGCGUUCUUCAACACCAUCCUGCCCACGUGCCAGGCGGGUGCCCGCCACGAUGUCACCUGGUACGUGUCCUCCAGCCCCUGCGUCACCUGCGCCCAGAGGAUCUGCGAGGCCCUGCGCAAGAACAAGGGGCUGCGCCUCACCAUCAUGGUGGGCAGGCUCUUCAUGUGGGAGGAGCCCGAGAUGCAGGCGGCCCUCAGGAGCAUGAAGGAGGCCGGCUGCAAGCUGAGGAUUAUGAAGCCUCAAGACUUUGAGUAUGUCUGGAAGAACUUUGUGGAGCAGGAGGAAGGGGAGGAGGCCAAGUCCUUUGUGCCCUGGGAGGAUAUUCAGGAGAAUUUCCAGUACUACGAGGAGAAGCUGGCGGAGAUCUUGCACUGAGGGUCAGGAUCAGAAAGGAUCCAUGAAGAGAUGUGACAGACCUGGACACCUGGGACAGUCCUGCUUCCCAAAGCUUGGAUUCCAGCAGGAUGGGAACCAGCCUCUGGGAGACAAGGCCCUGUGGGACUCCCAACACACACAUACACACAAUCACAGACCUCUGGUGUUUGGGAUUUUUUGGGUGUUUUUUGUUCCUCCCCCUCCCUGCCCCAACCAAACCCAUGCUGCGGUGAAAGGGAUGGCAGUGAUCCACAGGCAGGCUGUGGGAUCACAUUCUGGGAAUAUUUCAUGGGAAGAGACCUUAGGGCAAAGCUGCUGGUUAGAUAAAUGCAUUAGAAAGGGGAAAAGAAAGGGAUUUAAGGUGAAAAAGAAGUUUUCUCCCUCUGUUCUCCUCAAUAGUCAGAGCUGUGAUUUAAUUCAGGGUCAACAGCUCUCUUCCAAGUCAUGGUGGAGCCCAAGAACUCGGUAUCAGACAAUGCUGUUUGGGAUAUAAACCUGGGAAAAGCAGAGUGAAAUAAAAUGGGAAGCCACUGCAAAUGCCAAAA